CGGAAUAUGGCGGCAUAAUUUAGAAAGAUUAGAAAAAAAUCAAAACAAAUAAUUUUGUAAAUAAUGGCAUUUCACAGUGCAAAAUCUUUUAAAGAUUUGGGAGUUAAAGAUGAUGGAUAUCCUACACACACAACUGCAGAACAGGUUGCUGUUUUAUUGCUUGAAAUCGCAUGAAUAUUUUCGCUUUCAUUUUCUAUACUUUUAUCACUUUAAUAUUUCUCGGUUGUCAACUUGUGAUCGAUAAAUAAUUGAAUAUUCUGCGAGAAAAAUUUGUAAUUCGUUUCAUUCUAGAAAAAGGUGGAAGAUUCUAUCAUUAAAAAUUAUGAAUCGUUGUCAGAAAUGUCAGAAAGUAUUUCAGAGUUAGUAUAUCAUAGAUUUUUGCAUUUUUAUAUUAAUGAUUCGAAAUAAUCAUGUAUGUCCCGGCUAGUUUAUUUAUAAACCUGACAUUCUUAUCAAAUAAACUUUUUGUGGAAACUUUCAGCGAGCUUCCUCGUGGCUUUAUAGUGAUUAGCAUAUAAACCAGGUUAGGGUGUAUGCCUGCUGCGGAAGCUGGUCAACUCGGCCCACUGACCAAAAUCAGCACAUACCAUCUUGGCCCAAUUGUUAACUACUGUUUGACAUAUUAGGAAAGCUAGUAUUUUACAAAAGAUGGCACCAAACCAAUACAGCCAUUUGCAGUUGCAUUGGGCGUACAGAUGAGUAAAGUUUGAGAACAUCCAGUUUGACUUAAUUUAAUUAAAGAAUCUAUUGAAGUUUCAAAUUCUCGAUCUGUUCAUUUUGAUGCUAAAUUAUUGAUCAUUCACAUCUCUCUCAAAAUUUGCAAAGAUAGAAUGCAGUCUUGGCUCGAAGCUUGCUUAGUGGUUAGAUUAGUCAGUUUACGAGCGGGCGGAGUUGGUCCUUGAAUGGUGGGCCGAGUUGAUUAGUGGGCCGAGUUGACUGUAAAGCGCCUGCUGCUUUAGAUGUCGAGAGUUCGAAUCCCCAUCCAACCACUUUAACUUAGCCUUUUUCGAAAUAUUUUUAACUGGUUUAUUGGUUGGAGUCAGAGUUAUAAAAUCAUAAGUUUAAUUUGUAGUAAAAAAAUUUCUUUAAAUGUACAACUAGAGUCUUUUGAGCACUUUGGCAAGGGACCAUCGGCCCAUUGCGGAAAGUUUGUAUUGCGCAACCAAGAUAUCAGGCACGCAAUUUUGAUGCUUUCUAUAUAUUUGCUAUUAAAUUUUCGAAAUCUUGGUUGCAUUUCCAAACUUUCCAGUCAGGCCACCAACAAAUAGAUUUCAUCCUGUUUCACAAACUUGUCCCUAGAACUUGCUUUCUGAAGUGUCAAAAAUCAUUUUUUGGUAUCAUUAUAGACUGAUACUGAAUAGGAAGAAGCAUAUUCAAUACUGUUCAAGAGGGUUGAGCAAUUUAUCUGCUUCAUACGAGGUACAUUUCUAUCUUUACAGUUGGUUGCAUCUUACUAUCUUAGGAUGAACAAUCACAAAUAAAAACAUUGUCUAUUCUCUUGUGUACCUAAUUAGUAAAAACAAAUUUCUCACCUUUAUUAUCAGUGUCUUGAUGCAAGUAGACCAUGGCUUUGUUACUGGAUUCUCCACUCCUUGGAAUUAUUAGAUCGACCAGUUACAAAAGAGACAGCUAAACAGUAAUUUACAAUUUUAUCUGCAAUAGAAAUAUUCAGCAUCAUUUUAUGAUGACAUCAGACACUUUACAUGAGAAAUUUAUCAUGUGCAACUGAUUGAAUAUAUUCAGUCAGUUACACAUGAUAAAAUGAUGCUGAAAUUUUGUCUAUUAUUAGAGUAACAGAAUUUCUAAUAAAAUGCCAAAGUCCACUGGGAGGUUUUGGAGGUGAGUAUCAAUUCCUGAUCAAACAAUUGUUUACUUUAACUCAAUGAGUUACAUUGCACGACCAUAUAAUGACCCUACUUUGUUAUUUUACUCUGUCUAAUGCCAGACUAUUUUAUUCAUCAAGGGAGAGCGCUGCUGCUCAGUGGGUUAAAUUUGGUUUGGCCAGUGUAGUAAACAUAAACAAUUGUACCUAAUAUAUUCUGUUGUUUUGCAUUGAUUGCAUGAAUAAUUAGUAGCAGCACUAAUGUCCUGACGAAGGGCAGCUUCACUCAAAACUAUGACAUAUUUUAAUCUUUUUGAGAUAUAUAGCUUAAUGGCAACUUAUUGAAUGCUACCUACAACAUUGGACUCCCAAAUUUGAGAUAUUUUCUUCAAACCUAGUUCAGACACAAACCAUGGCAUUAACCUUUUGAAUGCUACCUACACUUGACCCCACAUUUGAAAUAUAUUUUUCAAGUAGUAUGGCAGUUUAUUGUAUACUACCUACAUGGUCCACGUUCUGUUAUAUACUGUAGUUAUGUUCUGCAUGUGUGUUUUAGGUGGACCAGGGCAAUUACCUCACUUAGCACCAACAUACGCAGCAGUUUGUGCAAUUGCCAUAGCUGGUGUUUAUUAUCCACAAGCUUAUGAUGCUAUAGACAGGUACAGUAUAUAAUGUAUAAGAAAGAAUAAACUAGACAAAACAUGGAAAUGAAUUGAGUAAUAAAAAAAUUGCUACACAGAUAGAAGACACCCUGGCAGGGCUGCCCCUAUUUCAAAAUUUUUUUCCGGAAAUUUUUCCGGACAAGUACAUUGUAUUGCUUUCCAGCAACUUUUUCAUACCAAAUUUUGGUACUUUGCCAAAAAAACAAAGAUCUUCCCAUUUGCGCACAAAUAUUUUAGCCAAAAAAAUGACUGGGGCCCAACAAAAAAUUUCUAGGGGCCCUCAGAACCUGGGGGCCCAGGGCAAUUCCCCCCGGCGGCCCUGCACCCUAGCCUGCAUAGCAGGCAUUUAUAUGUGGGCAGCAGUUCUCACCACCACAUGCUAACAAAUGCCUGCUACAGACAACCAAACAAAUAGACAGCUUGUGGCUGUAUUUGAACCAGUGAUUUGAACAAAGUGACAAUCAGACAGAGCAUAAAUGUGGCACAGACAGAUGACAGACAAACAUACAGACAAGGAAGGUGACGGUCAAACAGAUACACAAACAUACAGAUGUUAAUUUAAAACUAAAUACAUAUGUAAUACCGUAUAGAAAAGGUCUUCUGAGGUUUCUACUGGGCUGUCACACCAGCGAGGGAGCAUUUCGUAUGCACCAUGAUGGCGAAGUUGAUAUAAGGUAUGGUGUGUUUUAAUGGUAUACUGUGACUCUGUCUGCAAAGAUACGACGUGCAUGGGUUUCCAAGAUAUAUCCUGAGUAGAGCAAAGUCUGUUUCUCACUUCUCAUACUGCUACCAGUGGAAAAUGCUUAGUAAUUAUAUCUGGGUUAAAAUUAAGUCUUAGGAUAAAAAUGAACUAGGAGUGCUCUAUUAUAUGUAAGUAACUACGGGCUUUGCAUAGGCUAACACUGGGACUUUCUUAAUAUCCAGAGGUGCAUAUUGUGCUGUUGUGUCUGCCAGAAUAACGAAUGUCUACAUUCAUGAAUUAUUUCACAAUACGGGAGAAUGGAUUAAAAGGUAAAAUUCAACCGUAUGUGUAAAUAUUGAGCAUCGUGAGUUUGAUUUCAAGCAUACCUCUUUUUUCCUUGAACAUGUAGUUGUCAGACAUACGAAGGAGGAUUUUCAGGAGAACCAGGUAGUGAAUUGGGAGAUGAAACUUGUUCAUAAAUAAUACUAGUGAAAAAUUGUUUCACUUGACAAAGCACUCGCGAUAUGUUUCAAUGCGUCGGACGUUUUUGACAAAUUUGUUGGACGCAAUUCCAAGUUUCCUGUGGAACGAAUUCGGUACUCGCGCUUCGCUCAUCUUCUCCGUAAUGUCGACCUUCAUCGUCUUCUGAUGUCUUCAUUCUAUACAGCUCUCCUUCAUUUAUUCUUAUUACGCGUCUAUGCAUGGUAUCAUAAUAUCUCAACCCUACUUCUCUCACCUUCUCUGUAAUGUCUACCACAACACAUCUUCUUCCGAUCUCUUCAUUCCAUAAUGUAUUUGACCGGCUCACGUUCAUCUCUUCUUCAUACGUCUCCAUACCAUCUCAACCUUACAUGUACUUGCAUAUUCCUCUCAUCUCAUCAUUCCAUGACGUCUCUGAGUGACUCUUCUUCAUCUAUUAUUACUUUCCCGCACCAUCUCAAGAUGCCUUGCUUCCCUGACCUUGUCUGCAAUGUCCACAUCGUGUUCCGAUCUGUUCAUUUCGUAACGUCUCUGAGUGACUCCCCUUCAUCUCUUAAUAUGUCUCCACACCAUCUCAGCCUUGCUUCCCUUAUCAGAGGGAAGAUGCAUGUCUACAUCUUCUUGUGACAUCUUCAUUCCAUAAUGUCUCUGACCAGCUCUUCUUUAUCUCUUCUUAUUAUGUGUCCAUACCAUCCCAAUCUUGCUUCCUUUUUUAACGCACGCUUCUCAUGAAAUAUGGACGUAUAAAUUCUUUAACUUUAACGUUUUCUUCCGUCCUGAAACUUGCAAAAAUGGUUGUUCCUAGGCGUAGAAGCACAUGGUGGAUACUCAUUCUGUGGUUUCGCUGCCCUCGUUCUAUUGGGCGAAGAAGAUAAAAUUGAUAUAAAAAAAUUACUUGUAAGUUUUGCGUCUGAUGGUGAGAACAUGUAUUGUUCAUGCAAAAAUUGUCUUUAUAUUUGUUGAGCAAGAGUUUAAUUUUGAUAGAAAUGGACAAGCCAAAGACAAAUGAGGCUAGAGGGAGGAUUUCAGGUAGUAAAACUUAGCGGGUUUUUGUUUGUUUACUGGGCAGCGGAUGGUGCAUGGUCAACUUCACAA